AAAGAAACCGAGGUCGGUAGCGGAAGUACGAGACAGCACUUGACACUACUUUUUUCCCGGCUCAAACAACAUUAUCAUGUACAUUGUUAUGCUGGCGCAGCAUGUCGCGGUAUAUGGCUGCAAGCCGUUAAGUAAUAAUCUUUUCAUCCUUUCUCGUUUUUCAAUCUUUUUAUCUUGCACAUGCUGCGAGCGUCUCCAGCUGCGUUAAGCGUUGCAUACGUUUUUAGAUACGGAAUGUAUGCAUUCGAGCGGAAGUGACCAUUGGAGCUUUCUAGACUCGUUCAGCAUAUAACAACCAACUCGGAACUGGCGCAAACCAUCGGAGCUUUCUAGACACCGGCAUUUUUUGGAAAAUGGCGAUGAGCGUGCGCAACGCCGUGCUGAGCACAUCCAGCGACUGGAGCAAUAAGAGCGGCAGUGUCCAGGAUGUCCGCGGCGUAGGGGCAGUGGGCGCGCGGGCCUCGCUGCACAGCACCCACAGCGGUUUGCACCUGGCCAAUCUCAGUGUGCCCAGUUUCCCGGCGCGCCGCAACAGCUCCUUCUUGCGCUACGAGGCCGCCAUGCGCGAGGCGGAGGAGCGGGUGGUGCUGAAUGUGGCCGGCAUGAAGUAUGAUGUUCUGCUGGGGAUGUUGUCCCGUUUCCCGGAUACAUUGCUGGGGAAUACCCUGCGUCUGCACAAACACUACGAUCCGGCGCGGGAUGAGUAUUACUUUAACCGGGAUCGGAUGUGCUUCGAAGCUAUUCUGCAGUAUUAUCAGACAGGUCUAUUGCGGCGGCCGCCCAACGUCCGUCUGGACAUCUUCGUGGAGGAGGCGCGCUUCUUCCAGCUGGGCGCCGACGCCUUCGCCCAGUUCUGCCAGGACGAGGGCUUCGAGCAAGAGAAACCCAAACCCCAACCCGCCAACCGCCUGCAGCGCGCCGUCUGGGACUUCGUCGAGCACCCGCAGUCCUCCGCCGCCGCCAAAUUCUUCGCCGUCCUCUCCAUGCUGGUCAUCGUCACCUCCAUCGUCAUCUUCUGCCUGGAGACCCUCCCGCAGUUCGAGGAGCCCGCCAACCGCACCAACUACGUCCCCAGUAACCGCAGCGCCCUGGCGGUCAGCGUCAGUCGGGGCUACGCGCAGUUCCGGGAGCCGCUCUUCAUCCUGGAGACGGUGUGCAUCGCCUGGUUCACCCUGGAGUUUAUAUUACGGCUGGCAGCCUGCCCGGAUAAGCGGCACUUUCUGAAACAGCCGCUAAACAUCAUCGACAUGAUCGCCAUCCUCCCGUACUACGUCGACCUGGUGGUGGUGCUGGUGGCGUUGCGCCGCGGGACGGACGCGGCGCGGGAGGGCGGGGUGCUUACCGUGCUGCGGAUCUUGCGGCUGGUGCGGGUCUUCCGGAUUUUCAAGCUGAGCCGGCACUCGCGGGGUCUGCAGAUCCUGGGACAGACGUUCUGGAUGUCCAUCCGGGAGUUGGGACUCCUCCUGCUGUUCCUGGGGAUCGGGGUGAUUUUGUUCAGCAGCGCGGUGUAUUAUGCCGAACAGGGAUACGAGGAGACGCAGUUCUCUAGUAUCCCCGAGGCCUUCUGGUGGGCCAUCGUCACCAUGACCACCGUGGGGUACGGCGACGUGGCGCCCAAGGCGGUGUUCGGCAAGAUGGUGGGGACGGCGUGCGCCGUGUCGGGACUGAUCGCCGUGGCGCUGCCGGUGCCCAUCAUCGUGGCCAACUUCAACACCAUCUACCAGAGGGAACGCAGCCGGACGGAGAUGGAGGAGGUGUUCGGGGACAUCUUCCAGGUGCCGGAGGCGGCGCCGGGCGAGCAGCAGGAGCUGACCAAAUCCGUCGACAAAGCGCAGUACACGCAUGCCACCCAUAACGGCCGCAAGGCCGACUUCCGCCGUGAGACGGCGCCCAUUCUGGAGGAGAACUCCCGCUGAACGGAAUUCCACCGGGAUGUCGCCAUUCCAACGAAAUGAACAGCGCCCGGAAUUCCGGGGAUAGUGGGAUAUUUAUAAUGUAUAAUUCGACUCUGACAAUUAAACGAGAAUAACAGCCACAGCGUUCUGCAUUAACACUGUGUCAGAAAUGUCCAGUUAGUGAUAUAAAACAACCGGUUUCGCUGUACUGCUGAUUAAAUAUGCCCGUUGAACGUGGGAAAUCGUCUAUUAUGUUAGACACGUCUCGCAGUUUAAUUUCAAUGAAAUUAUUGCGAUUAUUUGUUGGUAUUUUUGAAAAUGCUCUGUGACUUCUUUUAGCUCUUCUUAUUCUUAAUAAUAUGUAGAGAUUCUGGAUUUUAUAAACUAUUUUGUCGGGA